AAAAUUUAUAUUUAUGCAAACUCUCUUGAAAAGUUAUUCAUAAUUGUGGGUAAAUCAAAUAAAAUAUGGAUUCAGACAGUAUUAUACUUAUUAUAUAUUCUAGUGUAUCAAUACGCAACAGAACAAACAGCAGACAUCGAUAUUAUGCUACUAAGCCUUUGCAAUAUUAGAAAUUUUAUGAGAUGAAAAAAAAAUUUGAUUUCAAGAAUGAUGAUUUGACAUUCCCAAUCAAUAUACCACUUAAACAAAGGUACUCACAAACAAGAUUAUAUCAAGAUAUGCAUAUCGACCAUAAAGACAAUUCAAUAAAGCCACACCAUAAAAUGAUUAUCUUAAUACAGAAGUUAUGAGUGGCAAUGAAAUCCUCUUAUACUUUGAAUAAUUAGACAACCUGAGAAUCAAUGAGAUCUUGAAUGGUCUUGAGAGAUUGCAUAAAUACAAUAAAGGAUGUAUGACUAAGCCCAAUAUUAGAAUUCAAUCUUGCUGAACAUCCUUGGGUUAAAGCUGCCUUAGACAAAGUAUUUGUAGAGCACCAUCACAUAACCAAAAGUCAAUUUAUACAAUUACUCAAUAUCUACAGUAAUUAUGGCAUUGAAACACCAGAAGUUUGGGCAAAGUUUUAAGAAAGAAUGAUUAAGUAAUGUGUAAAUCAUAAUUCAAAGACUUUUACCCAAUAUUCCAGCCAGAUUGUUUGGUGAAUGUGUUAGACUAUUCAUGGAAAAGUAAGAAAGAUCAACUGAUGAAUUCAAAAAAGAAUUGAGUCUUGUUAUCCCUGUUCAUUUAACUAAAAUGUCACCAUAGGCUAUUGCAAAGGCAUUUGAAAUGGUUUACAAAUACAAUCUGAUGACUGAUUACUUGUUCUUUGAUCAUUUACACUUUAUUUUGAGAAAAAGAUUCAAGUGGUUUUUAAUGGGAAAAGCUUGUCCACUCAUGUUGAGACUCCUUAGAGAAGCUAAUUUUGAAGUAAAUAUUAAACAGCAAUAAUAGACAUGUGAAUUUUUAUGGCCUGAAAUUUACAAACAACUUGAGACUGAAUUGGAUAGAAUCCCAAAUGACUAAUGUGCACCAAUUAGAAAUGAGUUAGUCAAAAUUGGUGAGGCAUUUCCCAGUCAUUCGCAAUAUAACAAUAUUAUUAUAGCAAAAAAGAUAGGCGCUAGAGCUACUUGGGAGGCUACUCUUGGAGGACAAGCAAGAAAAUUAAGUUUAGUGGAAAUUGUGAAAAACGAUAUCCUAUAUUACAAGGAGAAAUAGAAGCUAUAGAGAAGCCAAAGCUAACAGAGUCCUUGAUAUAUAAUUAUGA